CGCAGCAUCCUCGCUGCAGCCGCUACGGCUGGCUGCUGCACUUGGUCAGGUGACAUUCACCAUCACCGUUUUCUUCUUUCAUCAACAUCUUCACCACGACCAUCACCAUCAUCAACAUUUCUCUUCUUCCAUCAGAGCUCUUCAAGUUCUGCAAAGGCAGACUCUAUUCAGGCAUACAGUCUUGUUGCUGGAGAUGACUGUCAGCUGCUUUCCCUGCCUAGCCACCAUCACAUGCCCCACCACCGGAGCCUGGGAAGCCUGACCACAGACCAGCAUCUCCAAGGCAUGAAUAAUUAGGUAGGCAUAAUGGAAGGCACUCACUGCACCCUCCAAUUGCAUAAGCCCAUUACUGAAGUCUGCUUCAUCAGCUUCUAUCUUCCAAGGGGGGAAGUCAGAGGAUUUUCAUACAAGGGCACUGUAACUCUAGACAGAGCCAAUAAAGGGUUUCAUAACUGCUACCAAGUCAGGGAGGGGUCAGACGUCAUCAGCCUCAGCCUGCAGCCAAAUGAACAUCCAGGCGACAUAUUUUUCAAGCAAACUCCCACAAAAGACAUUUUAACUGAGCUGUACAAACUUACAGCUGAGAGGGAGAGACUUCUGGCCAAUCUGCUGAGCUCAGACCACAUCCUGGGGAUUACGAUGGGGAACCAGGAGGGAAAGCUGCUGGAGCUGUCCGUGAGCCUGGCCCCUGAGGACGACUCUUUCCAGAGUGCUGGUGACUGGCUGGGGGAGCCCCCUGUGGGCUGUCUCAGUAAGAGGAGUGCCCAUGGGAACCGCAAGCCACGGAGGUUUGGUGGAAGGAGAGGAAGCUUUGAGGGGCUUCCACAGAAGAGGACGAGAAGGAAAGGGCGUGGGGGCCGGCAGUUGGCUCUUCAGAUGGGGAAGGACCAGAUCUGUUCCAGCAAAUCUCUUCCUUUUUCUCGAACAAGGCCUAAUCUUUGGCUUCUAGAGGAGAGAGGCAGCUCACUCCCAAGAGUGGCAUUUACUUCCUCCCCACAGUGGAGAGAGAGCUGCCCCCCAGAGAACCCCAGGACACUGGAUCCCAGUCAUGGCUUUGGGAACUUCAGGAAGGCUUCUGAGGACACGGGGCUUGGAUGCGGAAGGCUGCCCCCUGACUGCAGCUCCACAGAGCCAGGAGACGAUGGUGCUGGAAAGCCGGAGAGGGGCCCUCUCAGGCUGCCUCACCAGCAGACAGCUUGGUCUGAAAGUCGUGAGGACUCUGAGGAGCAUCCAGAGGCCAAGAGGGGCCAGAGGGAGAAGUCUACGGAGCAUACAUGCAGGAAGAAGCCUAUUUCCAAAGUGGUGGCCAAGGUCCAGGAUCUGUCUACUCAGGUGCAAAGAGUAGUUAGAACGGGUCCUGAAUGUGAGGAAAGCGUUGCCGUUUGCCCAGCGGCCCAAGCUGAGUUUGUACCCAGAGCAGACUGGCUCACCCUCCCAGAAGCCGAGGCUGGGACUCCUAGUUCCAGGUGGCAGGGCCAGGAGCAGCUGGGCGACAGGCCGUGGCAGCUGUCGGACGGGGAACGCAUUCCAGCCAGCGCCGAGGGGGCUGUGAACAAGGUCCUGCUGAAGGUGAUACAGAGCGAGAAGUUAGAUGAAGCCACUGAGGGGAAAAGGCUGGGCUUCCCCCCAAGCACACCGGGCACCCACACUGUCUCAGAAGCCAGAGGCAAGCGGAAGCCUGGGCUGCCUCUGAGGGAUCACCAAAGCUCAUUUGUGGAUCUGCCCCACCGCGGCGGCCCUGACUGGCCACAGCCCGGAGGCCAUGAGAAGAAGCCAUCCCCCUCAGCCCCAGCCGCACUCAGCAUGCUACUGAAUAAUUCAUCCUCCCAGUCCAGCACGCACAGACGGAUGGCACCUGUUCCCUCACCUCUCUCUGCAAGGCUCCCCAGCCCUGAGCAGCAUCUCGGGGUCCUGCAACUCCCUUCACUGCCGGGCGAGUGGGACGUGGCUCCUGAUGACUCUGCCGGCCAAAAGAGCUGUGCUUUCUCUGGGUCCUCCUCUGCUGACACCUUGGAGCCACUGUCCUCUGCAAAGGUCACGGAGACCAAAGGAGCCGGCUCUACCUUCCUUAGAGCAGGCCAACCACGGUUGGUGCCUGGGGAAUCUCUGGAGAAGAGCCUGGGGCCUGGGAAGACCGCAGCUCGGCCCCAGUACCAGUUGCCUCCAGGCAUCUCCUCCGAGGGCUUCCCCCGGGACUGCGUCAGUGAGCAGACAGCAGCUAAAGACCUUCCCCCCAGAGAUGGAGGUGCCUGGUUCCUGGGCUAUCGAGCAGGACCGGCCUGUCCGUUUCUGCUCCAUGAGGAGAGAGAGAAGCCAAACAAAAGUGAACUGUACUUGGAUCUCCAUCCUGACCACAGCCCUACCGAGCAGGAUGAUAGGACUCCGGGCAGACUCCAAGCUGUCUGGCCACCCCCAAAGACAAAAGACACAGAAGAAAAAGUGGGAUUGAAGUACACCGAAGCAGAAUACCAAGCUGCUAUUUUACACUUGAAGAGGGAACACAAAGAAGAAAUUGAAAACCUACAGGCUCAGUUUGAACUCCAGGCAUUUCACAUCCGGGGGGAGCACGCGGUGGUUACAGCAAGACUAGAAGAAACCAUCGAAACUCUCAAACGGGAGACAGAACACCGAUGGCGAGGAGGACGUGAAGAGAUGAAAGAUGCGUGUAUCUCCACAGGCGAUGACUGUCCUCCAAAGACCUACCGAAAUGUGUGCAUCCAAACAGACAGAGAGACUUUUCUCAAACCCUGUGAAGGUGAAGGCAAGGCAAUCAGAAGUAACCAGAUAAUACCCAAAAAGCUGACUAUCUCCUCUUUGAGUCAGCUCUCUCCCCCAAAUGACAGCAAAGACACCCAUGGACCACUUCAGUCUGUGGAAGGCCUCUCACCAAGUCAGCAAAAGGCAUCCUCUCCACCUCCCGCACCACCACCCCCAGCAGCCGCCCCUCCCCCUCCGCCUCCUCCCCUCCCACCUGGACUUGGACCUUUGUCACCAGUACCUCCGCUGCCACCACCUGUGAGUGCUGGACCGCCACCUCCUCCGCCCCCUCCUCUGCCUCCGAGUGCCGGCCCUCCUCCCCCACCUCCUCCUCCACCACCACUUCCCAGUUCCCCUGCUCUGCCCACCAGUGGGGGGCCUCCUCCUCCUCCUCCUCCAACACCUCCAGGACUUGCACCCCCACCCCCUCCUGGACUCUUCUUCGGAGUUGGCCCUUCUUCUAGCCAGUGUCCUCGGAAGCCGGCCAUUGAGCCGAGUUGCCCCAUGAAGCCUUUGUACUGGACUAGAAUACAAAUAAGUGAUAAAAGCCAAAAUGCUACACCGACCUUAUGGGAUUCCUUAGAAGAACCUGAUAUUCGGGAUCCUAGUGAAUUUGAGUAUUUAUUCUCCAAAGACACAACUCAGCAGAAGAAAAAACCUCUGUCAGAGACCUAUGAGAAAAAGAACAAGGUCAAAAAGAUCAUCAAGUUAUUAGAUGGAAAACGAUCUCAAACUGUGGGAAUCUUGAUAUCGAGUUUGCACUUAGAAAUGAAGGAUAUCCAGCAGGCCAUUUUCAAUGUGGAUGACUCUGUGGUUGAUCUGGAGACCUUGGCAGCUUUAUAUGAAAAUAGAGCCCAAGAGGAUGAACUGGUUAAAAUAAGGAAGUACUACGAGACGUCCAAAGAAGAAGAACUGAAGCUGCUGGACAAGCCUGAGCAAUUUUUACAUGAGUUAGCCCAGAUUCCAAAUUUUGCUGAACGGGCCCAGUGCAUAAUCUUCAGAUCUGUCUUUUCGGAGAGUAUCACCUCCCUACACCGAAAGGUAGAGAUCGUCACAAGAGCUUCUAAGGGCUUGCUGCACAUGAAGAGUGUGAAGGAUAUUUUAGCUCUCAUUCUGGCUUUUGGAAAUUACAUGAAUGGAGGAAAUAGGACUCGGGGACAAGCAGAUGGAUAUAGCUUAGAAAUUCUACCCAAACUCAAGGACGUCAAAAGUCGGGAUAAUGGGAUUAAUCUGGUGGACUAUGUCGUGAAAUAUUACCUGCGUUACUAUGAUCAGGAAGCAGGAACCGAAAAGAGCAUUUUCCCUCUGCCUGAACCACAAGAUUUCUUUCUGGCUUCCCAAGUCAAGUUUGAAGAUCUCAUAAAAGAUUUGAGAAAACUGAAGAGACAACUAGAAGCCAGUGAGAAACAGAUGAUCGUGGUAUGCAAAGAGUCACCAAAGGAGUACCUCCAGCCCUUCAAGGACAAGCUAGAAGAGUUCUUCCAGAAAGCCAAAAAUGAGCAUAAAAUGGAAGAAAGUCACUUGGAGAAUGCACAGAAAAGUUUUGACACGACGGUAGGCUAUUUUGGGAUGAAGCCGAAGUCCGGUGAGAAGGAGAUCACACCCAACUAUGUGUUUAUGGUGUGGUACGAGUUCUGCAGCGACUUCAAGACCAUUUGGAAGCGGGAGAGUAAAGCUAUAUCUAAAGAAAGAUUGAAAAUGGCUCAGGAAUCGGUCAGCAAGCUGACAUCAGAGAAGAAAGUGGAGACAAAGAAAAUCAAUCCCACGGCUAGUCUGAAAGAAAGACUGCGUCAGAAGGAAGCCAGUGUGACCACUAACUAAUACAGAGCCACGUGAGAAUGACGGCAGCAAGCAAGCAUUUUCUUGUAUCAUCCUUUGCAACACUAGUGCUGCAGAAAGUUCUUGAAGCAAGAUAUGUCACCAAACAUUUGUUUUGCUCAUCUCUUUCUGAGGUCAUUGCAGUGAGCACCCUGUGCCUUCUUAAGGGAGUCCUUUGUUAAGCCACAGGAACAAUGAGAAACUGUCUAAGGGAACACUGCAGGUGUAUUUGAUCAUUGUUUCUUGUAGAGGUCCAAAGUGAUGCCAUUACAAAACCAGAAAAAAUACCAAUAUUUUCCAAAUGUUUUUAAAAGUGGAGAUUUCAAGCUUUCUAAUCCAAGCUUGAUAUAUAUAAACUUGUGACAGGAGAAAGAUCUUUUAUGACAAUUGCCUUGAGAGGAUUCAAGCCUUGAUCUUUCCACACUGCUGGUGUGACUAUCGAUCUUAACUUUGAUCCUGUUGCAGCAAGAUCCUACAACUUCUUUCUCACCAAAAAUGUUGAAACCUACCAAAACUAUUUUUUAAGACAUCCAAGACUAUGUAUUUUCCAGAUGAGAGAAAUGGUUAUUUUGUUGUUGUUGUUGUUGUUGUUAUUGUUGUUGUUCAUAUAAUGAAAAAGACAGAAAAUGGAAUUACACGUGGGUAGAAAGGGAGUUAAAUAGCCAUAAACUUCAUCCUAGAGAAGAAAUUACUGUACAGGGAGUUAACAUCAGCUAUUAAGCAAGACCCAUUCUUUUGUUUUUAUGUGUUUUGUGUUUUUAUUGUGGUUUCCUUGCCCAGCAGAAAUUCUGUACCCUUAUUCCUGGAAUAAACAGUGAUACCCAAGCCACCACAGGCUUGGAGGUCAAAGUACCUGCUUGGGCAAGUGAUCCAGUCACAGCCCAUUUUGCACUUCAGGAUGUUUGUGAAUAGUUAAGUCCAUGUUGACUUUUAUCAAAGCUCUGCAUCUUGUUCUGGGAUUGUGUGAUCUGUACCACUCCCACCAACCUCAGGAGGCAGUUUCCAGACAGAAGAGCAAAUGCUACUAGGAGCUUUUCAUCAUGACCUUGACUGACAGGGAUGUGACCUAGGGUGAAGCAGGAGUCUUUGAUGUUGAAAAAAUUAAGAGCAUAAAAAAGGCUCCUUACAUGAAAAUGAAAAUGUGGUUAUAUUAAUAUUAAGCUUUGAGUGGAAUAUCACAGACAGGCAGCUUUUUCUGACCCUGAAGCCCGUAUGACUGCUGCCCCUUGAAUCACGAGGGAAACCACCUUGGACUUCCCCCUUGACAUUUUUUUCCUAAAGCCACCGCUCUUUGAAUCUAUCUUGUAGGAUGAGAAAAGAGAGGACUGAGGCUGAAUUCAGAAUAGGAUCAAAGACUAUACAUUUUUGGUCUUGAAGGGGAAAAGGUCCAAGCCUUCUCCAAUUGGUGGGUAGCAGUCUAGAGGUGGGUGAGAACCUUAAAACCCUUCCUGAUGGGGCUGCCAUGUGCAGCCUUGCCCCUGAUCCUGGCCUCUUCCCAGAACCUCUCAAUUUGCCAGGUACCUGAGUGUUCCCCUCAGGACUGCCUGCUAAUCAUCAGGCCCCUCAGGGACUCCCUAACAGAGUCAGCUCAUUAAAGCUGCACUGUACUUGUAGUCAAGAUCAAAUCAAAUCACAGAAGCCAUAUUUGUGCUGGUGCUAACUGCCUUCCCUAACAAUUAAAAAGAAAGGAGUAUGGUAGCAUGGUUGGGGCUUCCUCCACCCCAAUUCAAACUAAGAGAUGAGACAAACAAAACAAAAAGCUAGUAAGGAGCUGACAUUACUAAAAGAAGUUGCCUGUGAGCAAAAGCUUUUCAUACCACUUUCCUAUGUUGUUUCUCUUCCUUUUCAAUCAACUGUGAAGAAAACCUAAGAAAUUCAUCAGUUUAAAACAAAUUCCACUUACACUCAUCCUGUGCUCUGGGACAUUCCUUCUAGUACUAUCGUGAAGCAGAAAAGUGCCUGUCUUGUCCAUGCCUGGGAGAUCCACUUUGAGUUCAGUGAGGUCAGUGAAUGUCUGGAUCCUCAUUGGUCCCCACAGACUUGAUGGGCAAGAGCAGCAUGUGCUUUCAGUGGAGUCAUUGGUCCACUUCAGAUCUCUAAGGAGGAUGGUCACAAGAAAACCAGUGAUAGUAAACAGGCCUGUCACUAUGACCACAUAACUCUGCAGGAACAUGCUCUCAGGGAACCAGUGCUGAAGAAGAAUGAGUGGAAAUUUAAUGUGAGAGUUAGACAAAUGCAGCUCAAGUUGCAUUCCAUUCACAUGGACAGACUAGAAAUUGGCAGUAAAAUGCCUAUUUCUAAAGACUAGUUCGCCUGCUCUGUUGGGGAAAUUUAAUGAUGUUUUCAGACUAUUCAAAUAUAGUAAGUUAUUGUAUUAAGACACAGGGAAAGAUCUCCAUUAUUCUCACCCCUUUUGAGUCCUGAACUGUGUAUCUAGAUGCCCUCUCCCAAGUUCAUACAUUUAACUGCAGUGUUGGUACAGCCUUUGUUCCUAACAUAUGUCGCUGUUCAGUAAAAGUUCACAAGAGCUUGUUCAAGGUGGGCCAUCUCAAACAACCUGGGGCCCCUUGAAAUUAUCCCUCUAAAAUGCAGUUGAGAUGAUGGUAAAUGCAACAGAGGUCUCUAAACUUUUCAUGGAGAGGAAGUAGUUAGUGUAACACUUUAUCAGCUUGACAUUUUGGGCAAGCAGGAUUUGAGUGACUUUUCUAAGAACAGCCUUCCCCAAACUAGAGGGAGAGCGGCCAGUAUGGCUCCUCUGUGUUUAACCAGACACUCACACCCAACUGUACUAGUUAGACUCUGACAAACCUUGACUUAGAAGCACCAUCUCUCUUCCUAGCCAAGAGUCAUUACAUCUGAGGACAUAGUUGGUUGGAUUGCAGUUUGGACUCUUGCCUGAGUAACCUACAGUCAUCAUCAGGCACACAAGUAUAUCAUACAUUACACUAAAACAUGAUAUAAACAUGUCAGGUAAAAAGCAUCAGCCCUUUGAGAUGUCAAAGAUAAGGUUAGAAGGAGGUAUGAUGUAUGGCUUUUAAUACAAAAGGCAGCUUAAUGGUGGCGUGGACGGAGGGCACAGAAAGGGAAAAGUGUGGCCAAGCAGAAAGAGAUGAUCACGGUGAGGAUGGACCCGCUGCCUUUUGAAUCCUUGAGUUGACAUAUCUCUUCAAGUGCCCACUGAAAGUACCUAGGAAUAAUGGAAAAACAAUUUCUGAAAUCUGGGAAGUAGAAUAAGGAAACCCAGCCAUGUGAAUACAUCUUUAAAUGUUCUAGCCAAAACAAAUUGGUGGUGUGGUUGAGGAAUCAAUUGCCAGAUUGGGUGCUAGUCUUGGACUCCCUCUUAACUCCCCAGGAAGCUACUGAGCCCCCCUUGGGCAUCUCUUUUUUUCCUAAGAACCACAAGGAAAGGCAUUUCCUAAAUGAACAGCUUAUAUGCUGCUGGUGGAGAAAUUGGAAAAACUGAAGGAAGGAAUGAAACUCUGGGGGUGGUACUGGAAACCACCUUGCUACGGUUCUUUCAAGGCCUGGGAUUAGAUGUAGCAGAAGAGUCGUGUUAUUUUUGGUAAAGAUUUGCCUGUUGGCCUGGGAUUGUACAUCUCUCUGUAGUUUAUACUGUGUGCAAUGGGAGCAUUUUCAUUUUAAUUAUAUUCUUGCUUUCUUGACUGCUACAUUUUCUCAUUUCUCUUUCUGCUUCUACUGACGUCAUGGACACAAAUCAUUGCACACAACAUUGCAUAAGCAGUAUAGCCUAAGACAGUGCCUAGUCCAACUAUCAAGGGGACUUAGAAAUGCAGACCUACAGGCUCCUUCCCAGUAACCAGACUAUAACCUUUAACAGGGAAACCUUUUGAUUCCCUGACAUCCGAAAUCAGCUUAUUUUAUAAUACUCUCCCCUCCCCAAAUACAGAUUAAACCAACUUGGGGGCCACAUUCUGUGUCAGGGAGGAGAACGAAGUCCAAAAUAUACAGCCUUUUUUCCAAAAAAAUACCUGGUCUAAAAGUCAACUAUGUCAUUUUAUGAAGUAAUUUAGAUUUGUGCAUAAUUUUCUUUGAUUCUGCCUGUUCUAGUCAGGAAAAAAUAAAAAAGGAUUAAAAGCUGAAAGGGAAAGAAAAAGCAUCAGAUUUGGUUAUUCACACGUUAGUUUAUAAAUUUCUAAACCACACAAAACAUGGACAUACUGUGAAAUCCAACAUUGUGGAAAUCCUGAGCACAGAAAAAUUAGAGCAGCUGUGCAAGCUGAUGAGCAUGGACAAAGUAAGAGGUGUCUGUGGCCUCCUUCAGACUUUAUCCUCAACUAGGCAAUUCUGAGAGUGUGGAUUCAAAAGAGCCCAAGAUUGCCCUGAAGAGUGCCCUUUUUUAAAAGCCACAUAGAAGGAAAAGUGGUAGGAUAGAGUGGAAAAGGGGCCAGACCAUUACACCAUGCUUACUCUGCGUUCUCUUAAGAGCAGUUGAUAAAUGUGAGGAACAUCUGGAAGGCCAUCAAAACCACAUUUCAUAUAUCAGCUAUUGUACCUUUAGGAUCAAUUCAGCUGAAGAAAGUGGACUGAAUGAAGAAAUGAACUUUUCAUUCAUGUCAGCUAGUUUGUCAUCAUGAAGAAAUUGGCAACACAAGAGAAACAAGGCUACCCAGCCAAACUAAUAGUAUUUGAUAUUUGAAAAGUAUGAAUCGUUUUUAGCCUUGCCAAAAUGCAAAUAACUUGUUGGAUAGGUUUCCAUCUUCUAGCUAUAGAGAAAAAACAAUCCAGCUGCUUGGAACCUUCGCUAUUAUUGGUGCAAAAGUCACUUAAAGAAAAGCACCUUCGGAAACUGGCCUCAGCAUGGCUGACUGCUUGCAGACACACAUCACAGUAUUUAUGACCCCAUUAGCAAUUGAAUCCAGGCAUCACUAGGCUCUUACUCACAGCUGUAUGUGACAGAGAGGCCCAUUUUGUGUCAUUUCUACACAACCGUCCGUUGUUGAUACCUUGUUAGAGCACUGAAUGCUGGUUUCACAAUUCUUCCUUUCCCCUUCCAAAGGAGUAGGCAAUCUACCAAACCCUCCCAAAUCAACUCUUUGCUGGGAAGGAGUGAGUUCAAGAGCAUUUUAACAUGCAGGGUUGAAGCCAAUUCAGUAGCCCUAGCUGUGCCGAGGCUCUUAAUCAACGCUGUGAUGUAAACCUGGCAUUUGGGAAAUUUGUGUAGUUGACAACUUAACUGGAAACGUGAACAUAUUAAAAUGGCAAUUAUCUAACUCUCUCUCUUCAAGCCGUGGUGCAGCUUUUAUGAACAAGGAUGUUAUGGAAGCAAAUCAAGCCUCAUUCAGGAGGCCAGCUGUUCUCAAGGAGAGCUUACUAGGUUUGCUUCCCCUCUACUCCAGCCGCUGUGUCAAGCAGCCUGGUGAUAACUGGUAACACCAAAAAAACCUUUUCCUUUUCAUCCUUCUCUUCUCUGGUAUGAUGGUUCGCUUCAGUCAGGAGCUCAAAUGAACUCUGGACUUAACUGCAUAUUACAUCUAUGACGUACUUGUUCAUGAAUUUCUUCUGCAUUCUGUGAUCUGGGGAAGACCAACUUAAUCUCAUUUUUGUAUAGGAAAGUUGUAGCUAAUGCCAUUAAUUUAUCCUUCUGCAUUCCACCUAUGCUCAUAUAAUUUUCUGUUUUUUUAAUCUUCUCUUAAAUGUACUAAGAAACACCAGUCUGCCUCCUUUUCUGAAAGCUAAUGCAAAUACUUCUGGGAGCGCUUUUUUUUUUAUGCUUUGUGUGAAAUUUGAUAACAUUGGGCUAGCAAAAUGCAAAUGAGCACAUAGUUUGCAGCAGAAAUUCACCUCGCAAAAAUUUGUCAUUCUUCUCCAUGGAGUAAACAGCUUCUACUAUAUUUAGGCUCUUUUGUAGGCUGAGCAUUUUUCUAAAUUCUACUUGUGCAGACCUCAAGGGGCUUCUCUCUGUCUUUGAAACUGUAAGGAGGUUUUACAAGAGAAUGAAUAUGUUUCCCCAAAAUGCUAUCUUACACUUAACCUGCGUUCAUUCUUAGGCAUGCAUUCACUCUGGUUUGUCAACAUCUUUGGCAAAAUUGUGCUUCCUUUCCCUCAUCGUUCUCUUCCAGAGCCUGCUUCUAUUCUUGUCUCAUGAAAUAAACGUAUUUUCAUUUAUCCAUCUGGGCCAGCUUUCCAAAAUGAAAAGCUAGUCCUAUGGACAUCUGCGUAUACAGGGAACUUACUCUCUACCUCCCCAUGGCAUGGACAAUACAUGUGUUCAGGAAUGAACAACUCUCUGGGAACUCUUGGGAUGGAUUUUGAAUUCCAGGAUUCUGUGAGAAGCAUAAAAAUGGGUAUAUAGCAUACAAAGAUUGUACUACUCUUUCCUAAUAAGAGACUAGAAGGAGAUUCAAGUCUUUACAUCUCAGAUAAGUUUAACUGAACUAUAAGUAGCUCAUUGGUUGUUGGUUUUUUUUCCCUUUCUUCUUGCCAACUUGUCCCUAGAUACAAUCUUACCUUUUCAUAUCUGACCCCAAACACAUAAAGAAGGUGGUUUCAGCCCCACUGGAACUGCACUUUGUCAAAGCUUUCAAAGAGAUCCAUUUCCUUAGGAAACAAAUCUGUGAGUGAGGGGUAAGUAGUACAAUUCUCGUGUUUGUCCAGAGUGAUAUACAUAUGAUUUGGGGAGUCCACCAAAAGGAUAGGUCUACCCCAAAUCAUUAAUCUUUAAUUCUGUAAUGCUUCAAUUUCUCAAGACACAAAUAAUGUGACCACACUGUUAGUAAAAUAUAUAAUCUUCAAAGAAUAUAGGCAUCAAGAAAAAAGGACUUCCCUUUAAAAUAGGAAUCUAAAAGAUUCCUAAAAAGGCAGAAACUUACAAAAUUCAAAACGGAACAACUUUUUUUUUUUUUUUUUAGAGAAAACAUGUCAUUGGUUCAUCAUGUUUUUUUUUCUCUCACUGAGUUUUAAUUUAGACUAGCGUGGGAAGCAGGGUGGCCCUGGAUCUUGAUUUAGGGGAUCGUGCUUUGGCUUGGAAGAUCAGCACAGAGCUACAUGCCCGGAACCUAAGUGAAAUCAGUCAGCAUCCUAAUAGGAAUCAGGCCGAACACAUGUAAAUUACUCCAAGUCCUUUAGCGCUUAAUUUUCUCAGUGACACCCUGGACCCCAGACACUGCUUCCUAAAAUGCAUUUGACCCAUGUGGUGGUGUCUCUGUAGGGUCUUGGGAGGUUGUAAGCGAUGGGAUGAGGGAGUAGAGCAGAUAACGGGGAGAAGGAAACUUUGAGCAUGCAGCCAGGGCACAAUGUUUUGCUGAUACGAUGCACUGUUCGGGUUCUGGAGAUUUUUGUCUUGCUUUUAUCAUGGGUGGCCUUUCGUGAAGCGCCAGGAUCUCAUCAGGCAAAUGGGAGAGUUCAGUACCUCCAGCUGGUCAGUGCCUGACAAUGUGCUGGAAAAGCGGGUACCCUAGUGAAACUGGCCUGUGUUCCAGUUCAUUCCCAUGGGGCUGGUGGUGCGUGUGACAUCCUGUUUUCUCCAUGCCUGUUCAGAAGUCAUCGGGGCACCUAGCUUCAUUUCACUUUACUCACUUCAGUCCUUGUGCUUUGGCCUCCCCUUCUUUCCCAGCGCAUGGCUUUUCCCCUCCCUUUACAGUUUCUCCAGGAGCCAGCCUUUCUUGCCCCCUCCCUCCCUCCCCUCAAGCCCGAUGCUCCAUUCCCCAGCCGUUUGGACAGGGCACUCUGCUGUCACCAAGUGACACACAACACUGCGACUGCCUCCUGUUAAUGUCAGCAUCACUUCAUCACUUAGGCAAAGAGGGAAAAUCCAUAAAAGAGAUGGAAAAUACAUUUCUUUUUUUUUUUUGUCUUAUUCUACUUUAUUUUAAGAAGGUUGAAGGGAAGGUUCUAGGCUUUUUCAGUCUCUCAUAAAUUGUACUGUAAACCUGUCUAAUUAGGGACCAUCCUUUGACAAAUUAUAAAUCAGUCCCGGUCCCACCACCUAGGAUGCGUAAGACUAAAGUUUUGAACCUGAAGGAACUUUUCUGUGCUGCUGGACAAAUUGACUUAAUUCUGUGCAAACCGUUUGAAUUCUGGGCUUUUUAUUGCCAUCCCAUUCUUACUCCUACUCAUGAUCCAAACAUCUACACAAAUUUGGAUCAAGAUGUUGACAAUUUGUGGUUAUUUUCAGAUCAACAGUAACUGUUACACUCUUCAAAGUGUUUAAAAAGAAAGUGCAAGCAUGUCCGAAGUAAUCAGUGUUUGGACCUGGAAAAAAUCUUGGCUUCUCUGUUAAGUAUUAGACCAAUCUGUAGGUGUUAUCUUAAAGGAUUUUCAGUAAUAAUGAAGAGAGUUUGAGAAAUGAGAAGGCACUUUAAAGACAUGGAAACUUACAUUACAUGCUUUUGGACAUUUUUUAAAUAAGCUAAUUGGAUUCAGGUAUUUUUUCCCUUUAAAUUUUUAAAAAUAUGUAUAUCUAAUUUGUUUGCAUAUUUGAUUUUGUCAAAGCUGAGAAAUGCUCAUUAGUUGAAUUUGUAAAUGUCAUUUGCAACCAAAUGAAGUAUUUAUUUUUAAAAAGAAAGGGUGAAGGAACCAAUACUGACUUGUACAUAAUGAAAAUUUAUGUGUGUGUCUAUAUAUAUAUAUUUUUUUCCUUCCUUGACACUCCUUGGUCACCACAUCAGUGUAUUUUUGUACAUAAUAUGUUGGUUAGAAAAUGUAGAUUGUCUACUCAAAGAACUCUAUCUCUGUGAUAGAUUAUAUUUAUCCUAAUCUGUUGAUACUUCUGUUAAUUUGUUUUAAGAGAUAGAACUCUAUUUUUUGGAAUCUGCAGAGAACUGCAUUCAUGGCUUCCAAUUGUAAAUAUGAUGAGAAUAUUUUAAUAAAUCUUGGUUUCAUGUCU